AUGCUCCUUAUAAUGAGACAUCGGAAAAAGCACUAUAAGGAACGGCUUGCAAAGACAUGGGAACAGCGUGUACGAGAAGCUGCACAAGAGUUGGAACAGCAAUCAUUAGAAGGGGGCAAAGCUGGACGACGACGUCGGAGAGAAUCGAGAGACACCACAACAAAAGACCGUUCAAAAGAGGGAUCAAAAGAAGCUGUGCAAAGAACAAUCCUCAUCGCGGCAUUAGCCGCAAUCGUUGUGCUCAUUGUUAUCUCUACAGCUAUCAUGCUCCUUAUAAUGAGACAUCGGAAAAAGCACUAUAAGGAACGGCUUGCAAAGACAUGGGAACAGCGUGUACGAGAAGCUGCACAAGAGUUGGAACAGCAAUCAUUAGAAGGGGGCAAAGCUGGACGACGACGUCGGAGAGAAUCGAGAGACACCACAACAAAAGACCGUUCAAAAGAGGGAUCAAAAGAAGCUGUGCAAAGGUAG